AUGAGUCCGCAGGCUUUUAAGGAGAUCUCCGACAGCGACAAGGUGUUCCAGGACACUGUAUUUAUGGAAAAGAACAAGCAUCUCGCAAGUCGCUGGGUCCGCAUUGGUGAACUUUACCCAGGCGGUUGGGACCAACCUCUUCUUCCUCCUGAGUUCUCACGUGAGCAGUUUGGCCAGGGCAACCACUAUGAGUGCUUUAUGCUCACAACCCUGUCAACUCUGGUCCGUUUCCCCGACGUGAUCCAGAACUGCUUCGUCUCCAAGAAUGUACGUCGAGACGGGCGCUACACUUUUCAGUUCUUUCGUGGUAAAGAGUGGGAGGUAGUGGAAAUUGACGACUACAUUCCACUGGAUGAAGAUGAGGUGCUUUACAUGCGUUCCCCUACGGAGCAUUGGUGGCCCUUACUUCUUGAGAAGGCAUACGCAAAGUUUUACACUGGUUAUGAAAACAUUGAAGGUUGCACACUACAGGAGGCGUAUUAUGAUCUGACUGGUAAACCUGUAUUGAACAUUCCCAUGGAUCCAAAACUUGCUAAGGCCGCUGGAGCUGAAGUGACAGAGGGUCAUUACUGGCUUGAAUUAGCCCAGAAGAUUCAAUCUGGCCAGUUUGUUGCCUCUGUCCUGACAAGGGACAUGGAGAUAGAAAGUAUGGGAUUACAGCGCGAGCAACAGUACGGCCUUCUCGAGGUGUUUUCCCUUACUGGUACAUCAUCUGUGCAAGAUAUUGUUGUUCAUCUCCACAAUCCUUUUGAAGAUGAGGAGUUUGCUUACAGAGGACCAUUGAACAGCAAAGAUUCGCAGUGGACCCCGAAACUGCGAGCUAAGUACAAUGUGGAUGAUGAGCGUUCCAUAUUCCUUCCCCUGAAUACCUUCCUAAAGAUCAUCAACUCUAUGCAGCUCUGCUAUAUUUCCCCUGUUGAAGCAGAUGCGACUUACUUUGAUGAUGAAUGGAAAGGUGAAACUGCAGGUGGAAACCCUACCAGUGUCACUUGGCGUAAGAAUCCCUUGUAUUACGUCAGAAACACCGGUCCAGAGCCUAUUCAUUUUGUUGCUAUGAUUAAACAAGAGGACCAGCGACGCUUUACUACUAUUGAGGAGCAGGCCAAGUAUCUUCAGUGUGGUAUGGUAAUGGUAAGGAACACUUCCCCUAACUUGAUACCGACGUCUUUUAUCACAGGCAACAACCACAAACCGGUUCACAAAAGUCUUUUCCUCAACUCUCGUGAAGUUGCCAAUGAUAUUGUCGUUCCUGCUAACUCCCUAUGUUAUCUUGUACCCUCCUGCAUGAUGAAAGGGGCUACUGGAGCUUUCACACUUGCUCUAUACCGAAUGAAUGGUGAGGACUACAGUUCUCUUACAGUCAAAAAAUUGUCUCUUGCUGAAAUGGAUUGGGCUCAUCCAGCUGAACAAAAAGUAGUCUUGGAAAUGAAGGAGAAGGACCGUGUAGAUUUCUAUGUUGACCAAGAGACUGAUAUUCAUAUCCUAAUGCACCAAGAGAAGCCUUUUAUUGGCAAAACGGGAGGAGAUGCCAUGACAGAAGAUUAUAUGGGUAUGUACCUGUAUGAUGAUACAGAUCGUAAGAUUGGUGGUGUACAUGCCGCAACUAACUUCCGUGAAAUUGGCGUUCUUCAUCAUCUUCCCCGAAGUGGACGCUAUGCUAUAUCUGUUACAUGCCCGCGCGCGAAAGGCACUGUUCCCGCACAAAUUACCAUCGUUGGCUCUUUUGGAGCAAACGUUCGCAUCGUCGAUUCCCCAGAGGAUGCGGUUAUGUUUGAUGAUGAGGAUAUAAUUGAUGAAGGAGAUGACGCGCCAACCAAAGGGAAUCCAAUUGACUAUACGCCCAUUAAUAUCCCUCCUGCACAUAUAACGGAGGUGCCUGACAGCACAAUUCCAUUUGAAGACAAACGAUUCAUGGUUGACAACAAAUUCAUUACAAAUGAUCCGUGGAUCCACAUUGGUGACUUGUACCCUGAGGGUAAGACACUACCACUUGUACCCGAGACUCUUAGCCGAGAACAGUUUGAGCAAGGUGAACAUUUUGAGUGCUGUUGUCUCACUGCCUUCGCAACUCUUGUGGAUCACCACCCCGAUGUGAUUCGCAAUGCGUUUGUGUCGAAGGCUGUUCGAAAGGACGGUCGUUACACCUUCCGCUUUCACCGUUAUGGACAAUGGGUAAAGGUGGAGAUCGAUGACCGAAUUCCCCUGACAGAGGGACAGACGUUGUUCUGCCGGUCGCCUACUCGCCACUGGUGGCCUUUGCUGCUAGAAAAGGCAUACGCCAAGUUUUACACAUUGUACCAAAACAUUGAGGGUUGCACACUGCAGGAGGUGUAUCAUGACUUCACCGGUCAACCAGUGGUGAGUAUUCCAACUAAUGUGAAGCUUGCGAAGUCUGCCAUGUACGACGUUGAUGAGCCAGACUUUUGGCUUGAGUUAAAUGACAGUUUGAAGAGUACUGCUGCGGGUGGUCUCACUAAGGUGGAUGAGGCGUCAGCACUUGGACUACAAGAAGAACAGACGUAUGGUAUUCUUGGCAUCUUCUCUACAGCAAACAAGGGGAAGUUAUCUUUGUCUGAUCUGUUGGUCAUGAUUUACAACCCUUUUGUGGAGGCUAUUUAUACCGGUCCCAUGAAUCCCAGUGACCCCAACUGGACUCCGGAAUUGCGUUCGAUUUUUCAACCUGAUCGGCGUGACGUGGUUUACAUGCCCGUACCGGUAUUCUGCAAUGUGUUCGUCAGCAUGCAGCAGGUGCACAUCAAGGGAUUAACACAGCCCAGUUGGCACUUCAACAGUGAGUGGGGUGAGGGUACUAAUGGCGGCAACCCUACCCUCGUGACAUGGCGUGAGAAUCCACUCUAUGUUGUGAGAAAUAACUCGGAUGAGCCACUGCAAAUAAUGGCUCUGAUUUGUCAACCCGAUCAGCGACACAUGCUGCAUUUGUUGCCAGAGCAAAAAACGAGAUAUAGUCAGUGUGGCUUGGUUCUUUCCCAAUCAACAAGCAACACCCAAAUACCAACGUAUUUGGUGACGGGUAACAGCCACCGAAUCGUCCAUAAGGGUCUCUUUCUCAAUUCCCGUGAGUCGGCAAGUUUGGUUACCGUGCCCCCCAGAUCAUUGAAUUACCUUGUCCCAAGUGCCAUGUUCCGUGACAAGAGCAAGUUUUUGCUUUCAUAUUGGUAUCAAAAGCCUGCCGAUGCAAAGCAAAUGAAAAUUGUGCGUCUUAGUCUUGACGUUGCUCGUCACUUGCCUGCCAUUGAACAUCUUGAGCUUCGAAACAAGGAGAAAGACCGUGUGGAUUUCCUUGUUGAUGUCCCUACGGACAUCCACAUCCUUCUGCGGCAGGAAAAACCGUUUAAAGCACCUAAUGGUGGUGAUGCAAUGGCUGAGGAUUUCCUUGGUAUGUAUCUCUACGACGGUGCUGACAGACGCAUCGAUGGUGUGACGUCGGCAACAAACUACCGUGAAAUGGGCGUUGUGCACCAUCUUCCCGAAGCUGGACGGUACGCUCUCUCCAUUACAUGCCCGCGUGGCAACGGUCUGGUGCCGUGCAAAGUGGAGGUUGUUGGUGUGGAGCCGGCACAUGUACGUAUAACGGAUCCUCCCGAAGACGCCGUUGACCUGGGUGAGGUUGAUUUGGCUUUUCUUGAUGCCGAGCCGGAGGGAGUACCGCUUGAGGACCUCGCAAUAUUUGACGAUGAAGAGGCCAAGGCUAUGCUUGACAAAUUAAAGGAGCUCCACAAAGAUCCUGAAAGGAAUGCGAAGGAGAUUGCCGAGAUGGAAGCGAAAAUUAAUGAUCGCAUGCAUACGUUAGCGAAGCAGUUGCUUGGAAAAGACAGACCUAAGUAUCUUCCAGGGCGCGAUCUCGAGACGCUCAACCCACUUCUUGACACCAAUCCAGAGUACAUGCAGGGUGAAAGUACGCGUUACGCGUUGAAGAAGGACCCAAGGAAUGCCACCAAAGUAAGAGCACUUGAAGGGGAAUUGCAGAGGAUGGCAGAUCAAAUUGCCGAAAAAGAAAGCGAUCCAGACCUUGACUUCCUCGACCCUGAACCUGAGGGGAUUCCCAUCGCUGAUAUACCUCUCAUGGCUGAUACUGCCUUUGCCGAAAUGGCGAAAGAACGUAUGAAGCUCAAGCAGAAUGCUGCUCCUAAUGCAAGCAGGAUCAGUGAGCUUGAGGACGCGAUGAAUGAACGCGCGCAUGAGUUGGCAAGGCAAAUGCAUGAAAAAGAACGUACGUACCUCGAUCCCGAACCAGAAGGAGUCCCACUUGAUCUCCUUCCACUAAAUGAAGACGAAGCGUUCAGCAAGAUGGAGGAUGAGCUACGUGCAUUAAACCGUAAACCACGGAAUAAUGCUAAAGGGAUAGCUGAGUUGCAAGCUAGGCUUAAUGAUCGGGCACACGAGCUUGCAAAGGAACUAAAGGAUACUGAACGUGAAAUGUUCCUUGAUCCACAACCUGGAGGUGUACCACUCAGCGAGCUUCCGCUCGAUACAGACGAACCCUUCCAUACAAUGGAGAUUGAGCGUCUGAGACUCCGCAAGGAUGAUCCAAGAAGAAAUGCAGAUCGUAUCAAGGAAUUGGAAGACCGGAUGAAUGAGCGUGCAGAGGAGCUUGCAAAGAUGAGGCUGAAGAAUGAUCGGGCAUUCCUUGAUCCCGAGCCCCUGGGAUUCCCCCUGGAUGAACUUGGUUUAGACUAUAAUGAUGAUUUUGUGAAUAAGGAGGCUGAGCUGCGUGAAUUGAAGAAAGACCCAAGGCGAAAUGCUGCAGCAAUCAAGGCUGCAGAGGAGGAGCUUGCAAAGAUGGUGUACGAUAUUGCUCGUAAGAAGGCCGCGCUGGAUCGGAAAUUUCUUGACCCUGAGCCUGAAGGUCGCCUCGUGGGGAGUUUGCCACUGGAUGACGACAAAGCAUUCGUUGCGAUGGACACAAAGCGGCGCCAGAUGGCGCGUAAUGGCGGUGACCCCGAUAAGAUUAAGGCUCUGGAAGAGGAGAUGAAUGCGGCGGCCCACGAAAUGGCCCGUGCACUUAAUGCGAAGGAGCGGCCCGAAUAUUUAAGGCCCUUCCCCAAGGGUGUUCCGCUCGAAGACUUGCCACUUGACGCUGAUGAGAAGUUCCGUGAGCUUGAAGCGAAGCGGCAGCAGCUGAAGCGUGAUCCGAAGCGUCACGCUGCGGCCCUUUCAGAUGUUGAAGCAGCAUUGAAUGCACGUGCGGAAGAGCUGGCCCAGAAGCAUUUGGCGGAUGAUCGUGCGUACUUGGAUCCGGCUCCAGAGGGCGUUCCAUUACGUCUUCUACCUCUUGACACUGAUGGUCCCUUCCAGGCUCUAGAGGAAAAACGUGCGAAGUUAAAGAAGAAUUUGCAGCGCAAUGCAAAGGCUGUCCGUGAUUUGGAAGAUGAUCUUAAUGACCGUGCUGCUGAGCUUGCGGUUGAAUUAAAGCAAGCUGAGCGAGAGAAAUUCCUCGAUCCCAAGCCUAAUGGUGUUCCCAUUGCUGACGUUCCGAUUGACAGCGAUGAGCUGUUCCGGGAUAUGGAAAUUCAGAGGCUUCUUCUGCGGGAAGAUCCUGUCAAGAAUGCAACUGCUAUUAACAAUCUAGAGGAUGCAAUGAAUGAGAGGGCUCUUGAACUCGCAGCAAAGGUAUUAGCAGAUGAACGUGCUUUUCUUGACCCUGCCCCGUUGGGCAUUCCACUUGCAGAGCUUCCUCUUGACUCAAACGAGGAGUUCAUGGCCAAAGAGGCUCAACUUCGUGAACUGAGGAAGGAUCGUGGCAGAAACGCGCGAGCUAUUGCCGCUCUUGAAGAUGAUCUAAAGGGACUUGUCAGGAGGAUUGCUGCAGAAGAGCUUGCAAAGGAUCGUGAAUUUUUAGAUCCUGAACCAGAAGGACGAUUACUUGAGGAUCUUCCAUUGGAUACUGACAAGGAAUUUCAUGCGAUGGAAAAGGAGAGACGUUUGCUUAAAGCAGAUCCUAAGAAGAACGCUCAGAAAAUUGCAGAUCUUGAAGAGCUUAUGAAUGAACGUGCACAUCAGUUGGCAAAGGCAAUGAAUAUAGCUGAUCGAAAGAAGUACCUUAACCCGAACCCAAAGGGAGUACCAAUUGAAGAUCUGCCGUUAGAUGACGACGAGGAAUUUUCGAAACUUGAAGCAAAACGUGCAGAACUAAUACGUAAUCCCGAGAAAAACAAAAAUGCUAUUAAGGACAUUGAAGACGCUCUUAAUCUUCGUGCUGAGGAGCUUGCUCAGGAAAAACUGCAUGAUGAGCGUGGGUUUCUGGAACCUGAACCGCAGGGUAUUCCGUUAAAAUACCUUCCACUUGAUGAAGAUCCUGAAUUUCAUGAAAAGGAAGUCGAACGUAUGGAACUUAAGGCUCAAAAUUUGCGUCAGAAUGAUCCUAAAAUUAAAUCCCUUGAAGAUGCCAUGAACGAUCGUGCUAAUGAAUUGGCUAAGGAAAUGAGACAUAAGGGACGUAGUGGUGUUUUAGAACCGGUAACUAAUGGUUUACCGACAAAAGAUUUACCACUGGAUGAAGAUAUGCCUUUCACUGAUCUUGAGGUAGAAUAUCUUCGAGCGGUUGGCGAUGGUGAGGAUCCAUCGAAGGCUCGUGAUUUAGCUGAUGCAAUGCUAAAGCGUGCUGAAGAUGUGGCUGCCAAAGUAAAAGCUGAUAAUCGGCAAUUAUUGGAACAGAAUCCACUUGGUAUCCCACUUGAUGAACUUCCUCUUGAUACAAACUCUGAAUUUGCUCAAAAAGAAAAGGAACUCUUCCUUCUGAAUAGUGAUCCAAAGAAGAAUGCUAAAGCUAUUGAAGAUACAAUUGACGCACUAAAUGACAUGGCUUAUGAGAUGGCGAAGGAAAAGGUAGAGCAAGAGAGAGAAUUUCUGGACCCUCAACCUGAAGGACGUCACCUUGAUGAAUUGCCUCUUAACAAUGACCCAACCUUCCUCGGACUUGAAAAACAGCGCCGAGAGUUAAAAAAGAAUCCUUAUACAGAUGAAGAUCGUUUAGCAGAUUUAGAACAAAUGAUGAAUGAUCGCGCACAUGAAUUGGCGAAGAAGAUGAAUGCUCAAGAUCGAUCUGAAUAUCUCACAAAUUCAACUCAUGGAGUCCCUAUAUCUGAAUUGCCACUGGAUAAUGACAGGGAAUUUGCAGAACUUGAAGCAGUACGCGCUCAAUUAUCCCACGAUCCAGAGAAAAAUGCAGCAAAAAUUGCUGAGGUUGAGGAUGCUCUUAAUAAGCGUGCUGAGGAGAUGGCUAUUGAUGCGGUAAGACAAGAUCGUAUGUUCUUGGAAGAUGAGGUUGAAGGUGUACCAGUACACUUACUACCACUGGAUGAUGACAGAGAGUUUACUUCUUUGGAAGCCAAGCGUGCUGCUUUGAAAAGCAAGGAUCCUAACAGAAAUGCAAAGGCUAUAUCAGAUCUUGAGGAACAAAUGAAAGAUCGUGCAGCAGACCUUGCUAGGGCUCUGAAGAAUGAUAUACGGAGUCUACUGGAUCAAGAACCUUUGGGUGUACCUCUAAAGUAUCUACCAUUAGAUGAUGAUGAACGUUUUGCUGCGCUAGAAAAAAGCUAUAUUGAAUUAGCCGAUGAUCCAGCAAAUAAAGGAAAACUUAGAGAAAUUCUUGACCAACUAAAUGAUCGUGCGCAAGAGAUGGCUCAAGCAAUUCAUGACGAGGAGCGUGCAUUAUUGGAUCAAAACCCUCAGGGAGUUCCGCUCUCUUCGUUACCAUUAAAUGAAGACAACAUAUUCAGUGGUCUUGAAGCAGAAGCACGUGAACUUCGCCAGGGAUCAGGAGUUAGAGGUAGGAAUGCUCAGCGGAUAAAAGGGUUAGAGGACGCGAUGAAUGCUCGGGCAGCAGAACUUGCUAAUCAACAGCGUAAAAGUUUUUGUGACCCGGCACCCGAGGGUAUUCCACUUGAGCUUUUAAAACUUGGGGAAAAUGAGGAAUUUCUUAAAAUGGAAGAAAGACUACGUGAUCUCAAGAAGGAUCCAGAUGCAAACAAGGAAGCUAUUAGUGACCUUGAAUUUGAUUUAAAUAACAAAGCCCACGAGAUCGCAAGAAAAAUGCUAGAAGAAGAUCGCAAAUCUUUAGAUCCCGAACCGUGCGGAGUUCCGUUAUCUGCACUGCCAACUAAUACUGACCCAGCUUUCCACCAGCUAGAAGUUGAACUUGCGGUAUUAAAGGCAAAUGAUAGACCUGGAAGUGCUGGGAAAAUAAAGGCAAUCGAACAAAAACUAAACGAACGCGCAAGAGUCCUCGCAGAAGAACAAAAAGAAGAAGAUCUCAGUGGAAUUGACCGCGAACCAGAGGGUGUUCCACUAAGCCAGUUAAAACCACAUGAAGACGAACUUUUUUCUACCAUGGUAAACGAAAUUCGAGAACUUAAAAAGGAUCCCAAGAAAAAUGCUGAUGCUAUUGAAGAUCUCCGUGAGCAGAUGAACGAUCGAGCCCAUGAAUUGGCUCUAGAAAAAUUAAAAGGGGAUAGGGCGUUCCUAGAAAAAUCCCCUGGAGGAGUUCCUCUUGAAGAUCUACCCCUUAACACAGAUCCCGUGUUUCAUAAAUUAGAAGCCGAACGUUCGAAGCUUAAAGAACGUGAUCCUAUUCGAAAUAAGGCAAAGAUACAUGACCUGGAAAAUUCCUUAAAUAACCGUGCUCAUGAAUUGGCUGAAGAACGUAAAAAAGAUGAACUAAUGGCUCUUGAACAGUAUCCACGCGGUAUUCCCAUUGAGCUUUUGAAACCACAUGAUGACCCGAAGUUUGCUGCGAUGGUGAAUGAGUUGAGGAGCAUGAAGAAAGACCCAAACACUGAUUCUGCGGAUAUUGAAGAUUUAACUCGCCAGAUGAAUGAUCGAGUCGAUGAGCUUGCGGCGAAUGUGCUGGAGGGUGAUCGUGGCUACUUGGAGAAGGAUCCUCAUGGGGUUCCGCUUGAGUUAUUGCCUCUCUCUACGGAUCCCGAUUUUCAUGCCUUGGAGGUGGAGCGGGCUGUGCUUAAGGCCCAAGACCCACGUCGCAACGCCGCAAAGAUUGCGGAUCUGGAAAACAAGCUAAAUGAACGUGCGGCUCAACUUGCGGACGAGCAACGUCGAAAUGAGUUGGAUGGGCUUGACGAAGAACCUGAGGGUAUCCCGCUGUCUGUGCUUGACCCGCACAGCGACAAGGAGUUCGCGCAACUUGUGGACCAGCUGCGGAACCAUCAGGGAGAUCGGGGGCUGGAUGAUGAGAUUGCGGCGUUGAAGAGUGAAAUGAACGAGCGUGCACAUGCCCUGGCGAAGCAGCGGAAGGAGGGGGACCGCGGCUUCCUUGACAAGGAACCCCAGGGAGUUCCUCUUGAGCUGCUGCCACUGGACACCGACCCUGCCUUCAGACAGAUGGAGGCAGAGCGUGCAAAGCUUAGAGCACAAGACCCACGUCUGAACGCCAGGAAGAUCAAGGAUCUAGAAGACGCGUUGAAUAAUCGCGUCCACGAGCUUGCGCGUGACCAACUGCGAGAGGAUCUUGCUGGCGUGGACGAGCUGCCACGCGGCAUCCCACUCGAACUGCUGCAACCUCACAAUGACCCAGCAUUUGCGGCGUUGGUUGACGACAUUCGUGUGCUGAAGAAGGACCCGGAAGCGAACGCCGAUGCCAUUGCUGAUGUUCUCAAUGCGAUGAACGACCGUGUCCAUGAGUUGGCGGAUGCACUGCUGGACCGUGGCUUCUUGAAUGCUGACCCUGAGGGCGUUCCUCUGGAAAUUCUGCCGCUUGACACCGACCCCGAGUUCCAUGCGCUGGAGACUGAGCGUGCGAAGCUGAAGCUGAGCGACCCACGGCGAAAUGCAAAGAAGAUUAAGGAACUCGAGGAUGACAUGAACGCUCGGGUGCGCGAGUUAGCCCUUCAACAGCUUCAGGAUGACUUGUCUGGUGUGGAUGCCGCACCAGAGGGAAUACCCUUGCAGUUGCUCAGGGCUACGGAGGAUGCGGAGUUUGCUGCAAUGAUUCCACAGCUGCGUGAACUCAAGAAGAACCGUGAUGAAAACGCCGAUCAGAUUCGAAAUCUGGAGGAGAAAAUGAACAACCGGGCGUACGAGCUUGCUGAUGCGCUUCUAGAGGGUGAUCGCGGUUACUUGGACCCCUGCCCUCUUGGUGUGCCGCUUGCGGAUCUCCCGUUGGACCGUGAUGAGGCGUUUUCAGAGAUGGAGGUUGAACGUGCGAGGCUCAAGGCGCAGGAUCCUCGGCGUAAUGCUGCCAAGAUACAGGAUCUCGAGAUGAAACUCAAUGACCGCGCUGUGGAGCUUGCGAAGGAGCAGCUUGCGGAGGACCUGAGGGGAUUCCCUAGUCAAUACGAAGGCAUUGCUACUGCCCAGUUGAAACCGCAUGAUGACAAGGAGUUCGCGUCUCUUGUGCCGGAGCUGCGUCGCCUUAAGCAGGAAGGCCCAGAAAGUGCACUGCAGGCGCACAUGGCUGAGAUGGAUCGCCGCCUGGGGGAGCUCGCAAAGGAACUUGUGGGGGGUGAUCUUUGGUUCCUUGACAAGGAACCUGAAGGUGUGUCCCUGGCGCAUAUUCCUUUUGAAAAGGACAGUGAAUUUGAGAAGUUGCGGCGCGAGCGUGCCCAGCUCAAGGCGGAAGACCCUAGGGCGAACGCUGAUCGGAUUAAGGACUUGGAACAAGCCAUGAAUGAUCGUGUUCAUGAACUUGCAAGGGCUGUUAAGGAGGAGGACUUCAGUGGACUGGACAAGGAGCCACACGGCAUCCCAUUGGAACUUCUCUCACUGCGCGAGGAUCCUGUGGCGGCAAAGCUCAUCCCUCUGUUGCGCGAACUGCGGUGCCAUGGCGAUAGUCCAUCAGCAAAGAAGAAACUACAGGAUCUUCAGGAAAAGCUGAAUGAUCGUGCACAGGAGUUGGCACUGGAGGCGCUUGCUGGCGACCGUGACAAGUAUCUUGACUCGGAUCCUGAGGGCAUUCCAUUGAGCAUCUUGCCGCUGGACACAGACCCACAGUUCCAUGCGCUGGAGGUGGAGCGGGCGAAGCUGAAGCUGGAGGAUCCGCUGGGGAAUGCGAAGAGAAUCGAGGAUCUUGAGGAUAGACUGAAUGAGCGCGCACAUGAGUUGGCAAGGCAGCAGCUGCAGGAGGAUCUUUCUGGACUCGAUCCGGCACCGUGCGGUAUACCGAUAGAGGUGGUGAACCCUCACAGCGACGCAGAGUUUGCUCGUGCGGUCGCGAAUCUACGUGAACUCAAGAAAGACCCGCGGGGAAAUUCGAAGAAGAUAGAGGGUCUGAAGAGCAUGAUGAAUGAGCGUGCUGAGAAGCUGGCCCGCGCGAUGCUGGACGGGAAUCGUGAUUUCCUUAAUCCUGAUCCUGAGGGUGUUCCUCUUUCUAUUCUUCCCCUUGACGACGAUCCGACGUUUCACAGUAAGGAGGUGCAGCGUGCGGUAUUGGUGGCGGAGGAUCCUGUGAAGCACGCUCCUGAGAUUGCGGCCCUUGAAGAAGAAAUGAACGAGCGUGCGGAGGAGUUGGCCAGGGAUCAAUUGCAGGAAGACCUUCGCGGUCUCGUGCCUAACCCAAGGGGUGUUCCACUGGAACUACUGCGACCCCACGCUGACAGCAAGUUUGCGUCGCACUUACCCGAGUUGCGGCGUCUCAAGAAAGACCCAAAGCGCAACGCCGACGCCAUCCGCGCGGUUCAGGAUAAGAUGGAUGGCUGCACAGACGCUCUCGCAGAGGAAUUUUUGCGUGCAGAUCGCGAGUCGUAUCUCGAUCCUGCACCUCUGGGUGUUCCACUGGGGGCACUCCCGUUGGAUACAGACCCGCAGUUCAAGGACGUGGAGGGGAAACGUCUGCAGCUGAUGCUGAACCCAGUGGAUAACAAGGAUGCAAUAGCCGAAUUGGAGGGUGCGCUGAAUGCCCGCGCCCACGAACUGGCAGAGGAUAAGCUAAAGAAUGAUCGUGGCUACCUGGACAGCCACCCCGAGGGUGUGCCGCUGGAUGUCCUUCCCCUUGAUGAGGACCGAAAGUUUCACGAACUGGAGGUGAAGCGCGCUGCGCUCAAGUCAAAGGAUCCUGUGCGCAACGCAGCUGCCAUCAAGGGUCUCGAGGAUGAACUGAAUGACCGUGCCCACGAGUUGGCUCUGGAACAGAUUGCGGAAGACCUGCGUGGUGUGGACGCCGCCCCACACGGUAUUCCCAUUGAGCUUUUGAAACCACAUGAUGACCCGAAGUUUGCUGCGAUGGUGAAUGAGUUGAGGAGCAUGAAGAAAGACCCAACCACUGAUCCUCAGGCGCUGAGUUCGUUGGAGGAGCGUAUGGAUGAACGCGCGCAUGAGCUUGCGGAGAAUGUGCUUAAGGGGUGCCGUGAAAAGGUUGAUCCUGAACCGGAAGGUAUUCCUUUAAGUGCCCUUCCUCUGGAUGAUGAUAAAACGUUUAGACAGAUUGAACUUGAAAUGGCAAAACUGAAGCUGGCUGAUCCUGUGAGGAACGCCGCAAAGAUUGCUGAUCUGGAGAAUCGACUGAAUGAACGUGCAGAAGAAAUUGCUCGUGCUGUGAAGGCCAAGGAUCUUGAGGGUUUAGAUCAGUCUCCCUGUGGCAUUCCGAUAGCUCUUUUGAAGCCACAUGAAGAUCAAACGUUUGCGUCGUUGGCUAACCAGAUGCGUGGAGAUGGGAGCAAAGAAAGGGGCCUUCCAUCUGAAGAUGAUCAGGAGGCACUAAAUAAACGUGCCAAUGAACUUGCUGGUGAACUAUUAAGGGGUGAUCGCAACUACCUUGAUCGUGACCCUGAGGGUAUUCCGCUGAGCUUGUUGCCGUUGGAUACUGAUCCAGAUUUUCACAACAUGGAGGUGGAGCGGGCUGUGCUGAAGUUGACAGAUCCAAAGAAAAAUGCUGACAAAAUUGCAGACCUUGAAGCUCGCCUCAACGAUCGUGCCCACGAGCUUGCGAAGGAACAGUUGAAGAGUGAUCGUGAUUAUCUUGACCCUGAUCCAGAGGGAGUGCCAAUCGCCGACCUUCCUCUUGAUGAAGAUCCAAAGUUUCAUCAGAUGGAGGUGGAACGUGCGAAGUUGAAGGCGAGGGAUGCAGUUGGCAACGCAUACCGCAUCCGUGACCUGGAGGAUAAGUUGAACGAGCGUGCACACGAGCUUGCAAAGAAGCAGCUAGAAGAAGAUCUUGUUGGCAUUGAUAAAGAACCUGAAGGUGUUCCACUGGGGUUGCUAAACUUGCACGCGGAUGCGGAGUGUGCCUCCCUUAUUCCAGAGCUCCGCCAGCUUAAAAAGGACCCCACACGUAACGCGGCGAAGAUCAAAGGACUGCAAGACAAGAUAAAUGAUAGAGCACACGAACUGGCGAAGGAGGUGAUUGCAGAGGGUCGUAAGUUUCUUGACCCUGAGCCGGAAGGUGUGCCGCUUGCGAUGCUGCCACUUGAUACUGACAAAAAGUUCAGUAGCAUGGAGAAGGAGCUUCGUGCUCUCAAGGCAGCUCCCGGAAGAAAUGAUGCUACCAUUGAACAACUGAAGGAUCGACUGAACGACCGUGCUCAUGGAUUGGCGAGGGAGAAGAUCCAGGGAGAGCGCGGCUUCCUGCAUCCUAUGCCUGAGGGUAUUCCUUUGGCUGAUCUUCCACUUGAUACUGAUUCGACGUUCCGCAGUAUGGAAGCAGAAAGAAUUAAACUAAAGGAGGAUCCUGUAAGAAAUGCUGAUGCAAUUCGAAAGUUGGAGGAUGACCUGAACGAAUUGGCUCACGAUUUGGCUAAAGAGCUGAAGAAAGCUAAUCGUGGGUUUUUGAACGCGACAUCAUAUGGUAUUCCAAAGGAACUACUACCACUCGAUGAGGAUCGUAGUUUUCAGAGUAUGGAACAACAACGAAGGAAGUUAAAACGUGACAGUCACCGAAAUGCUGCUGAAAUUGAAAGACUUGAGAAAAUGAUGCAGGAUCGCGCAGAUGAGCUUGGGCUACAAAUGCUAAAGGGUGAGCGUUCGUCAUAUGUUGAUUCAGAAUAUAAGGGUGUUGAACUAGUAGAUAUACCACUCGAUUCUGAUGCCAUCUUUACUGAACUUGAAUUGAAUCGGGCUAUUUUAAAAAGUAAUGGGGCCGAAGAGGACUCUGACGUUGUUUCGGACAUGAACCAACAGUUGCGUUUGCGUGCGGCUGAAUUGGCACGUUUAGUUGCCGAGGAGUCUCGUAUAUUUCUUGAUAAGUUUUCUGGAUUCAUUCCAAUUGAAGACAUGGACCUUGAUGAUGAUAAAAAGUUUCAAUCGCUGAUGAAAGAUUUAAGAAAGCUAAAACGUGAUCCUGAAUCUAAUAAAGGUAGAAUAGUGCAACAAGAGGAGGCGGUGGCUUCUUAUUUUAAAGAUCUUUCAAAGUCUGCUAUGAAAGAAAUAUUGGAUUGUCUUAAGCCUACUUAUAGAGGUAUUGAAGUGGCUGACCUAAACCUUCACGAAAAUGAGAAAUUUUGUAAGUUGGCAACUAAUGUACGCCGUCGUCGUCGUCGUCAAGGUAAGACUGACCCCGUGGAAAUUGUGAUGCUUGAGGAUGAGCUUGAUAAAUGUGUAUGUGAAAUCGCAGACGAUGUCAUCAAUAAUGAACGUGCUUUCUUGGAUCCCAAACCAGAAGGUAUGUACCUUGCUGAUGUUCCUUUGGACACAGAUGAGGCUUUUCUUGCUAUGGAGGCUGAAAGACGAAAGCGGACAAAAGAUCCCUUAAUAUGCAAGCGUAACAGGGGUGUUAUUAAAGAGCUUGAAGAUAAUAUGAAUGACCGUGCUCGUAAACUAGCUCGUGAAGAGUUUGCAAAGAUGCGUGGUUUUAUGGACCAAGAGCCUGAAGGUAUUCCUUUGGAUGAGAUUGGCCUUGAUAAUGAUCCAGAAUUCAAGAACGCAGAGGUUGCCAGGUACAGAUUACUAAAUGAUACUCAUAAACACCAACCAGAAGUGGCGAGGUUGGAGAAGGUAAUGAACGAUCGUGCCCAUGAAUUGGCAAAUGUCCUCCUCGCGAAUGACCGUGCGUUCCUUGAUCCCGAACCGGAGGGUGUGCCGCUUUCAGAACUGCCACUUGAUACAGACAAAGAAUUCAAAGAGCUUGCAAUGCAACGACGUAAAUUAAAAGGAGAUGUAAAGGUUGAUGGUAACACUGAUAAUCUUCGAUCCAUAGAACAGUUAAUGAAUGAACGAAUUCAUUUGUUGGCGAAAGAUUUUCUUGAUGAUAACCGUCUAUUUUUGGAUCCGGAACCUCUGGGUAUUCUGCUGAAGGAACUACCUCUUAAUAAUGAUAAAGGUUUUCGUGAAAUGGAGAAGGAGCGUAUGAAGCUUCUGAAAAAUUCUUCUUCAAAUCCUAGUUCAAUUAGUAAAUUGGAAGAUGCUUUGCAAAAGCGUGCCUUUGAAAUAGCAAAGAAAAUGCAUAAGAGGGAGCGUGCAUUCCUUGAUCCGGAACCAUUGGGAGUUCUAUUGGAUGAUUUACCCCUUAAUACCAACGAAGAGUUAAAGAAGCUAGAGCAAUUGCGUCGUUUUCUUUCCAUAGACCCUAAAAAAAAUGUAAAGGAUCUCUCUGCAUGUGAAGAUGCCAUUGUAGCUCAAGUAAAAGAAAUAGCAAAGAAGUUCAUUGAUGAAGAGCGGGCUUUUCUUGAUCCCUAUCCAGCGGGUGUUGCACUAAAAUAUUUACCACUUAAUAGUGAUAGAAAGUUCCGUGAAAUGGAAUUAGAGCGUAGAAAAAUGCGUCGUAAACCGUUAAAUUCAAAUGAAACUUUUAUUGUAAGUCAGUUAGAGAAAGAAAUGAAUGAUCGAGCUCGGUAUUUAUCAGAGGAAUUAAUAAAGAAAAGUCGAGCCUUUUUGGAUCCUGAACCUCUUGGUGUUCCUCUUGAAGAUAUUCCUCUUAAUAAUGACUCAAAGUUCCGUAAAAUUGAUGAACUUUUACGGGAACUUAUGUAUGACCCUCAGGAAAAUGAUGCCUCAGUUGGGGAGCUACAACUUCAAUUAAAGAAUCGUGCUACAGAGUUAGCAGAGAUACUUUUACAAGAUGAACGCUCAUUUUUGGAUCCUUCACCAUUCGGUAUUCCUUUGGAAGAACUUGCACUUAACACAAACAAACCUCUUCGGGAUAUUGAGCGAAUACGACGCAAAAAACGAGCAGCUCAUAUUGAUGACAGUGAGGAAGAGAAAAAAAUGGCGGAGUGUGUAUUAGAAAUAGCAAAGAAAGAAUUAUCUCGUGGUCGUGGAUUCUUGUUGGAAAAUCCUUGGGAAGUUUCUUUAGAUGAUCUCCCGCUUGAUGAUGAUGAUAUUUUCCACAAACUCGAGUUAGAACGAAGGGCACUAAAAAGGAACCCAGCUUCAAAUGUUGAAGACGUUAAAGAGCUAGAAGAUUUCUUAAAUGAUCGCGUGUUUCAAUUAGCGGCAGAAUAUGUUGAAAAAGAACGUGAGUUCCUUGAUAAGGAGCCAAGUGGUGUUCCAUUGUCUGAGUUGGACCUUGAUAACGACGAAGUUUUUCACAGUAUGGAGAUGGAGCGACGACAACUACGUAAAAAUCCAGAAAAGAAUGCAGCGAAGAUCCUUGAUCUAGAAGAUCGGCUUAAUAAACGAGUGAAUCUCCUUGCCCUAGAUUAUCGUGGAUGGCAGGAUGUAGAAUUUCAUGAAGCUAACAAAGAUGUUGCAGAGGAAUGGCCACGUAUUUGUGAAUUAUAUCCAGAAGGUAGAUAUCUUCCGCUUGAGCCUGUAAAAUUCACAGCAAAUGAUGUAUGUUCUUCAGAAGCUAAUGGAAGUUAUCUGGCACCGUUCCUUGCUGCACUUGGUCGUCUACCACCGUUAAUGCAUCAACUCAUCUACAGCAAAAACCACCCAGUUAAUGAACCUUAUUCUUUCUUAUUUUUCGACCCUGAUAGUAAUCCAGUACGUGUUGAUAUUGAUGAUCGUAUUCCAUGUGAUUCAAACAUGGAACCUAAAUUUACGCGAGUGCCACAUCGUUCGUGGUAUCCUUUACUUCUUGAAAAAGCCUAUGCUAAAUUUGUUGGUGGAUAUUCUAAACUUGAUCAAUGUGCACCACAUGAGACACUUCGUGAUUUAACAGGUCGUCCUGUUUUUCAUAUUCCAUUUGAUGAACGAUUAGCUGAAGCAGCAAAUACAGGUGAUUACAAAUCUGCUGAUUUUUGGCGUGAAGUGGCGAGAAAUCUUGAGCAAGGCGAUGUGAUCACAUGUAUGUCUAAUGUGGAGUGUGUGGAUGGUAUUCAUCCACAGUGCAGUUACGCUCUUUUGAGGGUUAUUAAUACAGUAAUGGAAUCUAAUGAUCCUGAUGAUGUUAUUAUUAAAUUGCAGAAUUCUUAUUAUGAUAAACCUUUGUAUGAUGGGCCUCUAAAUCAACAUGAUCCUAAUUGGACAGCUGAUCUUAAGAGGGUUUGUAAUUUUGAUCCUGAACAUAAGGAGUAUCUUUAUUUACCACUUCCAACAUUCCUGCGUAAUUUUUCAAGUAUGCAACGAUGCCAGAUUGCUUGUGGUGAUCGUUUGAGCUGUCACGGCUCUUGGGGUAAAUAUACUUCUGGAGGUAAUCCAAAGUUUACUACAUUCCGUAAUAAUCCGAUUUACUUGGUUGAGAAUAAGACAUCACGACCUGUGACAAUUCUUGCGGAAUUGCGUCAUCAUACACCGGCAUUUACUGACCCUGAUGGUUUGAAUCAUUACCACCAAACUGGAUUGGUACUUAUGCAAGCGUUUCAAGCAAAGAUGCCAUUAAGUCCUCUCAUUACAAGCACUACACACAAAUUUCUUCAGAAGGGCAUGAUGCUUGAUGCCAGAGAAGUGUGCUCACAGAUGGAGUUACCACCCAGUUCCACUUGUUACCUCAUUCCUUACACAAUGAAACGUGGUUGCUACGGUAAGUUCAGUAUUUCUAUUUAUCCUGGAAUGGCGAAAGUGACAUUGACUCCACUUCGAAAUGCCGGACUGACAAAUAAACCUCUCAUCUCGGAACUUCUACUCAUAAAUUAUGGAGAAUAUGAACAAGCUGUCGAUUUUCAGAUAAGUGAACCUUGUGAUGUACAUUUAUUGUUACGACAAACCAAGCCUUCAGAUGAUGUUGGACGUCGUGGGGAUCGUAUGGCGGAUGAUGCGGUGCGUAUGCGUGUCUUUGAUGAGCAUGGAAUUCGCAUGACCUUCACGGAGUUCACAAAUGCACGUGAACAGGCACUUGUCUUUUGUGCCCCACGUGCGGGUUUGUACACGGUGUAUGUGGAGUGUGGGCUGUCGGCGGCCCGCGGCGGGGAGUGUCCGUGUGAGUUGUCGAUUUACACCCCGCGGCGGGUGCAGGCGCGACUCGGCGGCGCCCCCCACGCGACGGCGACGGCGGGGAAAUGUCGACUCCCGCAGAUCCGCAGUUCGUUGGCGCCGUCCACCAUCGGCGGCGCGUUGACGCCACACACCCCCCGCACCCCCCGCACCUCAUUCCACAGCAGCCAACAGCGAUCAUCCACAACGCCAGGGAGAUCCGAAAAUAUCGCCUGGGGUCAGUAG